UUGUAGUCUGCACUAAUAUUUAAAUUCAAAAAUGUUCAGUGCAAAUCAUUCAACGAAUCUUUAAUGGCUAUACCGAUUUGCGAAAUUCGUGCCGAUGCCCGGGAUAAAGAUGUUUUAAAUUACUGGGCCAUUUGGCGAUAUUCCGUCAAUGAAGUUUCCGCCGAAGUUCAAAUUUUCAAACGUGCCAAUGGAUUCAAGCCGUGGCUAUUUAAAUAUACCAUCAACUUUUGUGAAUAUUUACAGAAAAAGAACCAUCAACUUUUUAGUAUUAUUUUUAAUCUAUUCAAAGAGUACACAAACUUGGCAACCAAAACAUGUCCUCUCGUGGGAAAUAUAACGGUUUUAGGACUUAAUCCGAAUUUUGAUCAACUUAAGCUUCCUCUGCCGACUGGCGUUUAUUUGAUGGCUACAUCUUGGAUUUUGGACAAAAAAUUAACAUCAAAUUUGAAUGUAACAUUUGAGUUUGUUGAAGAUUUUGGUCUUGAAGCCGAGAAGAGACUCAAUGGGCAUUAAAUUUACAAAAUGAAGUAUAUAAAUAUAUAAUUAUUUCGACUUUUUACCAAUAUGAACUAAAUCAACCAAUAAUAGACAUUGUGAUAUGUAUGCUUAAAACAUUAAUUUGAUUUAAAUA